AUGACGGAGAGAGAAUUGGAUAUUGAGUUCUUCAUCGAAGAAAUUAAAAAAUAUCCAGAAAUAUGGAAUGUGAGCGAUGAAAAUUACCACGAUAGAACGAAGAAGAGAGCAGCAUGGACAAAUAUCUGUUGUUUGUUCAGCGAUAAUUUUGAACAGAAGGAUGACAAGGAAAGAAACGAAAUUUGCAACAAGUUUAUUAAAAAGUGGAGGAACAUAAAAGAUACCUAUACCAAAAGUUUAAAGAAAAAAACCAAGUCUGGACAGGCUGCUGACAAAACCAAAAAAUACAUUUAUGCUAGGCAGUUAUCCUUCCUUGGAUCUAGUGGGGCCACAACUGAAACUCAGUCCAGCUUAGAGGGAACUAACGAAGAUGAAGAUGUUGCUCAACCGGAAACUCAAUCUGAACAUACAGUCGACUCAGAGGAAUUAGAACGUCCAAAAUACGACCAAGGGAGUUCACUGAAACGAAAACGAAACGUAGAGUCCGCAUUGAUAGACUUCAUGACGAAGCCUACGCCUACGCCUCCUCCAGCUUCAAAACCAGAUCCAGACAGAUCGUUUUUCGAAAGUGUCCUUCCUUCAAUUAGCAAAUUUGACGAAGACCAAAAAAUUGAGUUUCGCUGUGAAGUACUGAAACUAAUUGAACGUAUGAGGAACACACAAACCAUACAUCCACCGACCUUUCCAUCUCACACGUAUCCAAUAGCACCCUCUAACCCUUAUCUCUCUCAAUCUUCUUUUCACUCUUCCAACAACUUGCAAUCUUCUAAAUCGUACCAAUUUCCCCCCAAGUCCACAUCCACUAAUUACUCUUACAACCAUGCAUCUCAACCCUCAUCUCAUUUCGAACAAACACCUCUCUCUAUCAGAGUUUCACCUCCAAGACCUUACUCUCAAAUAACAGAACUCCGAACAGUUGCUGCCUCAUCUUCACCAGAUUUUCCCAUUAUUAAUAUAACGUCUCCAACCGAUUCAACUUCUACAAGCCAAGACCAAGAUGAGAGUUUGAAUUUAUUUUCGUAA